UAGUAAGAAAAGGAAAUAAGUAAAUACUCCUAAGAAACGCCUGAAUUGGAGCUCUCCAAUGGAUUCCCAAAUUUGUCAAUUCCGCAGUUUAAACUUUGUAUAAGUAUUUCCCGAGAUACAGAACGAUAAAGCAGAAUUUGUUGUACAAGGUUGAUAUCAGUAGUUCGAGCAGAUAUGGGGGAUGGAAGGGGAAGCAAUUCGGGCAGUAACAGCAACAGCAAGCCGGAGUGGCUGGAGCAAUACGAUGUGAUUGGGAAAAUCGGGGAGGGAACUUAUGGGCUGGUUUUCUUGGCGAAGAUUAAGUCGAAUCGCGCGAAAUCUAUAGCCAUCAAGAAGUUCAAGCAGUCCAAAGAUGGCGACGGCGUUUCUCCGACCGCAAUUCGGGAAAUCAUGUUGUUACGUGAGAUUUCCCAUGAGAAUGUUGUAAAGCUUGCGAAUGUGCAUAUCAAUCAUGCGGACAUGUCACUUUAUCUAGCUUUUGACUAUGCUGAGCACGACCUCUAUGAAAUCAUUAGACACCACAGGGACAAAGUCAACCAACCAAUCAAUCAGUAUACCAUCAAGUCAAUAUUGUGGCAGCUUCUUAAUGGUCUCAAUUAUCUUCACAGUAACUGGAUUGUCCAUCGAGAUCUGAAGCCUUCAAAUAUCCUUGUAAUGGGUGAUGGAGAAGAGCAAGGAGUAGUAAAAAUUGCUGAUUUUGGCCUUGCAAGAAUUUACCAGGCUCCCUUAAAGCCACUAUCCGAGAAUGGGGUUGUUGUUACUAUUUGGUAUCGUGCCCCUGAGUUGCUCCUUGGGGCGAAACACUAUACAAGUGCUGUUGACAUGUGGGCUGUUGGCUGCAUCUUUGCUGAGCUUCUGACUCUAAAGCCGCUAUUUCAAGGGCAAGAAGUCAAAGGGACUCCUAAUCCAUUUCAGCUUGAUCAACUUGACAAAAUAUUUAAGGUCCUAGGUCAUCCCACACAAGAAAAGUGGCCAACUCUUGUGAACCUUCCACACUGGCAAUCUGAUGUGCAACAUAUUCAAGGACACAAAUAUGAUAAUGCUGGACUUUACACUGUGGUUCAUCUCUCUCCCAAAAAUCCAGCAUAUGAUCUCCUCUCCAAGAUGCUUGAGUAUGAUCCCAGAAAACGAAUAACAGCUGCACAGGCUCUUGAUCAUGAGUAUUUUCGCAUGGAACCUUUGCCGGGUCGCAAUGCUCUGGUAUCUCCACAACCGGGAGAGAAAGUUGUGAAUUACCCAACUCGGCCAGUGGACACAAGCACUGAUAUUGAAGGAACAAUUAGUCUCCAGCCCUCUCAACCGGUAUCAUCUGGAAAUUCGAUGUCUGGGGCCAUGGGAGGUCCUCAUGUGAUGCAAAAUAGAUCCAUGCCCCGGCCAAUGCCCAUGGUUGGCAUGCAACGGAUGCAACCCCCCGGAAUCCCAGCUUAUAAUCUUGCUUCUCAGGCUGGAAUGGGUGGUGUAAAUCCUGGUGGGAUCCCAAUGCAGCGAGGUGUUGGUCCCCAGGCUCAUCAACAGCAACAGAUGAGAAGGAAGGACCCUGGAAUGGGGAUGACUGGAUAUCCUCCACAACAGAAAUCAAGGCGCUUCUGAGAAUUCAGCUCGAUUCCAGAAGAAAAUGGAGCAGAAGUGACGGGAUCAGUAAAGAAAGGCAAGACGUACACUCAAAUCAUUCCAGAAGAAGAGACAAGGGCAGUAGCAAAACAAAUGAUUCAACCCCAGAUUCACAAUAUUCAGUAGAAGCAUACAGAUCAAGAAUUGAGACUAGUGCCUAGUUGUUCCCGAAAUCAAACUUUCUUGGUAGUAUACUUGCAAUUGACUCGAUGAUUUAUCCUUAUCCUGGUGCAAUACAAUGCUUUGUACAGUUCAUCCUCUACUUAUUUUUGCCGUUCA